CCUUGCAUGAUAAAACUUAUUAUGCAUUUGUAUUGUAAUUUAUUAAUUCAUAAAUAUAUAUUGAUGAAACACACACGCACACAAUCAAAAAUUAUAACAUAGAUACUAUAUAACGCGCGCUCUGAUUGGCUAGUUUUCUAUGAAAAAGAAAUGGAUGGAUCAUAGAGAUGGUUCAUGCUCACGUCAUCACCGCAGGGAACAAAAUAUAACUUAAAACUUUUUCCUAUUUUUCUUAAGAACAGCGGUUAAACUUCGUUUUAAAAAAUGGCUAGUAAUAGCCCGAACUUUGAGUUUAACCUUCUAAAUUUUGAAGCUAAUUCUGCGAGGCAAGACGGAAUGAUUAUUGCCGAGAAAGAGGAUGAAAACAAUACCGGAACCAAGACUCGCUUCGCCAACUUAAAUGAGCGGGAUUUGGACAAAAUCAUUGCAGAUAAGACAUCCAAAAAGACAAAGACGAACACUAACUGGUGUGUUUCUACAUUUAAAGCAUGGUACAAAGAGAAAAAGAUUCAGAUAGAGCUUGAAAACAUGACGAUUGGACAACUUGAUGCAAAUCUGAGAAGAUUUUAUGCAGAGGCAAGAAAAAAGGAUGGCGAGACGUACGGCAAGAAGACCCUCCUAGGUAUCCGCCACGGCAUCGAAAAGAUACCUAUAAAUCAGCCACAGUUCUCGAGAAAUCUUAAGAUGUCAACAGACCCAAGGUUUUCAAGAUCAAACUCUAUGCUGGACGCACAGCUUGUUCAACUCAAGAGGUUAGGCAAGGAAAACAGUAAACACAAGCCGACGAUUGAAGAUGAAGACCUUGAGAAGUUGAAAACAUCAGAUUCACUCUCUCUAAGUGGCCCUUUGUCCCUUCUGCGAAAUGUUUGGUUUAAUAUCGUUCUCUUCUUCUGCAGACGAGUUCGUGAAGGUCAGCGAGAACUGCAGAAAUCCAGCUUCAAACUUGAAGUCGAUGCGAGUGGGAGAAAUUAUGUAACGAUGGUUCACGAUGAAGUGUCUAAAAACCACCCAGGCGGCCUUAAAGAUACCAGAAGCUCGGAAAAAUACGCAAGACUGUAUGAGACAGAAAGUCCUAACGAUGGUUAUAAAGCAGUAAAGCUCUAUCUAUCCAAGCUAAACCCAAAAUGCUCAGCAYUUUUUCAAUAUCCCAGCCGAAACUGGGCGCCUUCCAACGACGUUUGGUACGACAACAAACCGCUCGGCAUAAACAAACUUGACAACAUGAUGAGAGAAAUUAGUCAAGCGGCCCAACUUUCAAGAGURUAUACCAACCACUCAGUCCGUGCCACUGCCAUUACCCUCUGGUCAAAUGCUGGAGUCCCUAACCGACAUAUCAUGGCAAUUUCUGGUCACAGAAACGA